AUGAGGUGGAGGCAAGGCGCUUUCGAAAACCGCCCGCGAAACGGCAACGGCUGGCACUCAAGUGGGGCGUGGGCUGUCGGCGGUACAGACGAUGACACGGUGCAAAGAAUUGCAAGCGAUAUUGAAAGCAUGGUUAGCGGGCAAGGCAGCUGGAAGACUCUGUUGAAGGAUGUCGUUGGAAUUGUGCAGGAGGUGCAACAUGGUGGUGGACAGUCGCGCAGGAUUGAGGAAACGGAUGAAGAGGAGGAUUACCACGGCCGGCGGCGGAGAAGGAGGAGAAGCAACUGA